AUGACUAAAGCGCUUAACACGAACUGCAACUCAGUGAAAUGCAAAAAUGCGGUUAGCGACUUAGCGAAAUUAAAUUAUCAAACAUCACGCUGCCUUAGUAACGCAACAUAAAGUAUGAAUUUAAUAAAUGGCUGCACUGCAGGAAUCUAGUAUAAUUUGAGGAUUGUUUCGUUCACUAUGCAUGCAUUUGUCCGAAAUUUUGAGCAAACAAAUUAUCUACUUUCAGCCGAAUAUACCGAUUUCACUGGAGUACUUGAUAUAGGCUAUCAAGAUAGCCGAGAGACGCGAGUGCCGUCGCGGACUGGCAGUUUCUCAAGCGUGUCUAAGCGUUCGUGUUAUUAUGCAAACAUUGUGUUAACUUAACGCAUGGUCGCACUUCGUUGGGUAUAAAGAAUCUGCUUUCAAUGUAGUUGGCAAAUGCUGUUUGGUUUGGUCAAGGAGAGACGGUACAGAAAACGACUGCCUUGGUGAGUACUUUCUUACUAGUUUUGCAUAGUGAUUAGAUAACGCUAUAUCAGAAUUAUGAUACCAUUAAAUUCUGUUAUAGUAUGCUUUACAUCACACCAUCAAUUAAUAACAUGUCUCUGGCGAGUUGUUUGAUAGUUGAACAAGUGGGGUUAAUUAAAUUCGAUUUUAUGUAGCAUUAAAUGUUUCAUUUACUUGGAAUCGUAAUUAGCUUGUUUUCACUACUUGAAAUGUUUCGCGCGGGUGUGCGCUAUACACAGCAUACCAACUAGCAAAUUGUAGCAAGCAAAAAGAGACGAACUACAAACAGUUUUUUAUUUAUGCAAUGCCAAUGCCGACUAUAGACGAACCCCAUGACUACGGAUACAUCGAAAUAGACGGCGACAAAACCGGUACAAUGUUAAGCAAAAUCGAGUAUGUUGUGUUAUUUCAAUUGGCAUGCUAUAUCGCGGGAAACUAUAUAUGUAACUGAUAACGUAUGUAAUGUUACGACUCCAUUAUUCUUGUAUAAAGCCACGAUUCACUGAUUCAUGCACUGCUUGUCGAAGCCUACUGAAGCAAAACAAAUCAUAUAAAUCUAUGAGGACCUCACGUUCGGCAUUAAACUGGCUUAUAUAGCAUGGUGAUAGAGAAAUCUUGUUGCCUGGAGUACUUGUUACCACUAAGAUUAUACAAGACUCAAUUCGAGACUCCAAAGCCGAGCAGUUUCAGUCAUAAGUGAGAAUUAAUACCCUCUGCUGGUUGUAAUUAUAUGCAAAUAACAUUUGCUCACUUCGCGUUACGGUGGUUGAAAAGAGGCUUUGAUGUUCGGGUACCGAUACUUGGCAAACUCUGCUCAAGAAAGCCGUCAAGCUGGAUUGCAACAAUUUGUCGAUUUUGCGGUUAAGUCUGGCUGUUAGUUAUCUAGAAGUAUCUGCGAAUGCGAACCGCAAAUAUAAGAAAACAGCAAGGGAUCGGAAAACAAACAGAACUCGGACAAAUGCACUGAAGCAUGCGACCUAAACGAAGCUCAGACUGCAUACCAUUAGCUGGGACAAAAUCGAUAAAAUUUCAGAGAAAAUUCCUGUUGGUGGUAAACUCACGUGUUGCUAGUUCUUGCCUCUAAUUAUGUUGCUGGCGAAAGCAUGCUUUUAAACAUUUUACCAAGACAGGCAUGGCUUACUGAGUUUUUGAAAUUAGCAACUUAAUCAUUAGCCGCGGUUGAUGGCUUUCAGUGUUUAUCUUAUGAAUACAACAAAACAAAGCUAUUUUUAUCGCAGCCAUUAUUAUAUUAAAUGUAGUCAGAAGAUUUGAUUCAUUACACAUACUGAAGUUGAUUCUAAUGCCCCUGCCAAGUAAACGGCCACAAAUGCUUGUGUCCGUCGCUUGUUUAUUCAGUUAUUUCUGUACCGCGUGAUGAAUGAAAGACUUCCUAUUUGGGCGUAGGCUGGUAAUAUAGAAUGUACAAGAGCCUAUAGUUAACAAUUAUUUUAACAAUUAUUCGCCAAAGUGGAAGUGAAUAGUGCAAGGAUCAGUAUUCACCAAAACUCGAAGCGUUGAGGUCAAUAUCUUUGCACUAUUCCACGACACUGAGGUGAAUAAUCGUUUUGAGCAUGUACAGUAUACCACAACAAAACAAAAAUGACCCGAAAAAACAACGAAAAUAUAUUAGUAACAUUUACUCCAUUUCUAUCUGCAAUUCUGCAGCCAGCCAAUUUGGAGGGAAUAUAAACUAAACAGUAAAACAGCUUUCAAACCGAAGGUAUGUUGUCUCUUGAAACGUAUUUUCUAAUACUAACUAUUUAUUGACAAAUCCGUUUGACGUCAUGUGAAUAUUGGUACGUGACUUACAUAAAUCUGCUUUUCCAAACAAUCCUCAGGUUUUCUUCGAACAAACCGGUAUCCUUCUAGCCUGUAGUAAGACUACACUAAAAAAGCCCGGCGCACACUAGAGCACUCUGCUUAGCAAAAUGCCAUUCGUGGCAGCGCGCUUAAUUUAAGCAGGAAUCAAGCUCUAGUGUGCGGUGAACUUUUUCGAGUUUUUUGUCACUCGAGGCAAAAAUAUUCAACAUGUUCAAUAUUUUGCUGUGAAUGACGAUCUCCUCUGUGUGUGGGCUGAAAUUGAAGGAAUAAGCUUAUAAAAAUCAGCAAAGUGCAAUAGCGCAUGCGUAUCAGCGACAGUAAAGAAAAACAAAAUGGUGGAUAUAUGGCUAUAGAUUCUGAAGAGGAGAAAAAAUACUGCUUUUUUGUUGCCAGAAUUUCAUUGAAUGAAGCUUGUGAAUUAGCCGUGAUUCAACAUGACCACCAUAUGUUUACAUUUUGCAUUAUUUACUGUUUUGACGACUUUUGUGCAUAUAUUAUACCGCACAGACCGAUUGUAAUUUAACCGAAUAUCUUUGAAAACUGAAAACUUGCAGAAUUCUUUCAAAACUCAAAGUACACAUUGUCUCUACAUUAAAUCCUUUGCAGAUACCGUUUUAACGUCUCUAUAUACGGUCUCUAUUAGACUAAUGAUGUACAAAAGGCCUCUGCCGGACUGUAUAAAUCAAUUUAUAGUUUAUAGUUUUUCGUAUGCCUGCAUUCAUGCCCAUGGCCUCUACAGUUGAUAAUUUAAAUCAUCUAUGGCAUAUACGAAUGGAUCAUUCUUGUUCAGCGAAGCACUAUAAGGCUAAAUUAUAAACAAUCACGAACUGGAUACAAAUCGUAGGAUUUUGACUAUCAGACAGUAUACUAUAUAUGCUGAUGAUACUCAAUAAUUAUAUAUAUAUAUAUAGGUUGCAUAGCAUGGAGUUAAGAUUCUGUAUAAUUGGGUUAAUUGCUUAUCGUAAAUAGCAUACACAUUAGAGUAAUCAUGUAUUGUAUUUGUGUCCGGCUUUCAAUAAACAUGCAUAGUGGGCCGGAAAACGUUUUAGAGAGGUGUGGUGAAGAAGCAAAACAAAUAUGGCUAGAUGGCCGACUUAAAUUAAAAUUAGUUAAAUCUCAGUCAAUAAAUAAAUUGAAUUUAUUAAAUUAACAUACGUGGUGAAAAAUAACAGAUAAUGCUAUGCGUAGAUAGUUAUCCUGAAUAUAAGUAUUUGGACACACUAAAAACAACUAUAGGAGCUAAUCUUAUUAGGUGCCCAUAUAUUGUUCAACAAGAACCAUCAAGAUAGCUGAGUUUUAUGAAAAUAAGCAUCAAUUGAGUUGAAAGCAUGACAAAUAGAAUUUCAUAAAUGCAUGUGAUCCAUUUGUAUAUUUAAUAAAGAGUUUUUAGUUUUUGAUCGAAGCUGGGAGUCUAUAAAGCAGUGCUUUAAUAAUAAUAUUAUCUAAAGUACCAUGCAGUAUAGACUCAUUAACUGAGACAAUACUGUUCUGUGCAAACAUAUACAUAACUAAUUUAGGUUAAACUAUCAUCUAUUAGUUAAACAUUCCAUAUAGUUUGUACGAUUUUUUAAUUUGGGCCGGAUAGAAUCAGGCGUCGGCUUGCUAUAUAUAUAGUUAUGUCUGUUGCUGCAAAAAUGCAUCGAAGUCGGAGACGGCCUUGGAUCAGAGGCCUUGGAUAAGGUAGCUGUAUUGUAUUUGUACAUAAAACAGGGAGUAUGUAAAUGAUAUUAUGUCACAGUUCAGUUCAAACGUUUUAAAUGAUAAAAUAAAUGACUGGUGUGAUUAUCAAACUGGGACUAUAGCCUAUAAAGUUAUAUAUGUGUAUAUAUAUAAUUAUAGCUAUUUUUGUAUAGAACUUGUAAGUUUUGUAUUAGUUUUGUAUAUGUGUUUCCAUACCAAAUUAGAGGUAACUGAAAGAACUUAUUGUUAUGGAUGUUUGUCUUUAGUGUUUUGAGUCUUUUGUGAUAUUAUUUGUGCUUUCCCACACACCUAUUUGAAUACUGGUUGCAUGUCAUCGCAUUUUCCAUCGUUUUGACACUUUGCACGUUUCAAAGGGCUAUAAUUUCGCGCUUGCAUGAUGGCUUGUUUUCAAUUUUAAACACUUAACACUCUGCCUUAGCUUAACUGAACAGUCUUUGUUGAAAAAUUGUUUAUUCGACAGGUGAAACAUAAGUACAAGCAAUAGUGGUAGUGGCAGCUAUAUAGGCCUAUACCUUUCGAAUAGGUCUAUAAUUUGCCAGAAUGAAAUCUGGUAUGUUGAAAGGGGUUCCUCACAUGUACAUGCUAGUUUGUAGUGUUGGCCUCUUAUUAUAUAUACAUGCAGUAUUUAGAGUAAGAUAAUUUGAUUAAUUUAAUUAAAAAAAAUAAAUAUAUAUACUGUUGUAAGUGUUGUUCCUUUGCAAAUUUCAGUGUUUCUGUUUCUGUUUCUGUUUCAGCCUCCUGCUGAAAAUUAAUAUUAAUAACUCUAUGAUUUCAAAACAUGACUCGCUCCAGAACGACUCUCUUGAAUUCAACACUGUAGGUUUGCAAGAAUAAAAACUGUAAUAUCAGUAAAAUAUUCCAUAAGGCGGUCGUUUCUCAGUCAUGUAAUUAAAAUAAUAUUCGUUUCCGUUCAAUGUUCCACUUUAACGCUGGUAGUUCCAACAUUCGUACAAGUAGCCUAUCAUGGGCGGGUAAAAAUAUACCCGGGCACUAUAACACAAAACCUUUCAUAUUUUGCAACAGUUAAUUGUAUAUCGCAAAAGGGCAAAUUGCAUGCUUUAAGUCUACGUUUGUAUCGGAUAGAGAAAUUAAACUAGCUUUGUUUACAAUGAACAUAAUUAUGCAAGUAGUAAAAUCAGUCAACCAUGCGGUGACAAUACUCGUGUUUAUCACAGACACAGUUAUAAUUUGUUUUACGAAUGGAUUGUGGUUGUAUAUUGUAAACCGGAACGAAUAUUAUAAUUGGCCAUAUAGUACGCCAUACUUCUUCCCAAUAAUUCCAAAACCCUAACUAACUGAAAAAUUAUCAGUGAAUUCUAUGAUCAAUGAAGCAUUCGAUAUCAGGCUUAACAUGUCUAUAUCACUAAGUAGAAACUGCAUGCAAUUAACACAUGCAUACUAUGUUAGAGAAACGCUUCGUUGUUUAUCUGACAGACAAGAUAAAAGAACAAGGCUUUUCUCUCAAAAAUUUUAUAUUUGUACGUAUAUGUAUAUAGGUCAUUUGUAAGACCCAAAAACUAAAUUGCCAUUCGUGUAUACUUUAUAAAACCAGCGAACCAUGUAUAAUCCGGCAGUACUAUUCGAUUGAUAACGUCAUUACCGUCAGUUUGGUGCCAAUCAAAUGUCACGUUUGGACCGUAAUUCCAUUUUUAUACAUGGACUUGCUCCAAGAUAUGCCUCUCAAAGGGGUUUCUCGGGAUUCAUCAGUUUGAGUGGGGAAAAUUUCAAGGCUCUCUAGUCUCUACCAUCUUGGCACAAUUGUUAACUUCUGUUUGACAUAUUAGGAAAGCUAAUAUUUUACAAAAGAUAGCACCACCGUACAGAUGAGUGAAGUUUGAGAACAUCCAAUUUGACUUAAUUUAAUUAAAGAAUCUACCGAAGUUUCAAAUUCUCGAUCUGUCCGUCUUGAUACUAAAUUACUGAUCAUUCAAAUUUCUCUCAAAAUUUGCAAAGAUAGAACGCAGUCAUGGCUCCUAGCUUGUUUAGUGGUUAGGUUAGUCAGUUUACGAGCGGGCGGAGUUGGUCCUUGAACGGUGGGCAGAGGUUGGUUAGUGGGCAGAGUUGACUGUAAAGCCAUUCUUCAGUUGAGAUACAUUUACAUGCCCCUGAAUACUGUAAUUUCGACAGCCUAUUAGCCCUUACAGAUUGUGUUUCCGAGCCCAGGUGAUAAUGACACUGUGACUGCAGAACGACUCUUUUGUAGUCAUUUUGAUCCUUUCGAAUUUCGGAAUUUGCAAGAAUGAAAACGGUAAUAUUUUUCAUACACGUAUUAUGGGCGGCUACAUAAACCUAUCUACCUAAUCCAGUCAUUACACCACACAACCUUUUCAUAGCAUCGGAAAGAUCUAUUAAUUUUAUAUUUGUCCAGCAGAUCGUGGUCAAAAUUGCAAUUACUCACUCAGAUCAUUGCCUCGGUCGAACAAAAUUUUGGGACACUGUGAUUCGUGUCGACUGCAGUUCAUGUAUGCAAGCAUGCAUGCCAAUGAAUUACAUCUUGAGAUAUAAUUUUACAUUUUGCAACUUGUAUCGCAACAUGUAGGGCAAAUUGCAUGCUUUUAGCAUGUUUGUGUCGGAUAGAGUAAUUAAACUAUACAGCUUUGUUUACAAUGAACAUAUAUAAGUAGUAAAAUCAGUCAACCAUGCGGUGACGAUCACGAUUCUCAGUGUUUAUCACAGACACAGCUAUAAUUUGUUUUACGAAUGGUUGUGGUUGUAUACUGUGAACGAACGAACGAAUGUUGUAAAUAGCCAUAUAGUACGCCAUAUAUAAUUUUUUCUUCUCAAUCAAUUCCAAAACCCAAAUUAACUAAAAAAUUAUUAGUGAAUUCUGAGAUCAAUCAAGCAUUCGAUACUAUAUAGACUUAACAAUAACAAUGUCUAGAUCACUAAAUAUAUAUAUAAACUGCAAGUAACACAUACUCAAUCAGAGAAACGGUUGGUUGUGUAUGUGACUGCAAGAUAAAAGAAGACUUUUCUUUCGAAAAUGUUAUAUUUGUACGUUUAUGUAGGUCAUUUUGGACGAUCCAAAAACUUAAUUGCCCUUCGUGUAUACUUUAUAAAACCAGCGAACCAUGUAUAAUCAGUAUCGUUUGAUUGAAAACGUCAUUAUGGUCAGUUUGGUGCCAAUCAAAUGUCACGUUUGGACAUAAUUGCAUUUCUAUACCCAGACUUGCCUCUCAAAGGUGUUUAUUGGGAUUUAUAUCAUACUAAUAAACUAUCAUAGUAUAUUCUACUCUACAGUGAAUAUCCAUGCACUGUUCAUCACCACUAAGGUGAAUGAUUGUAGUAAAAACAUUUUCUCGUCUUAAAUUGGAACAAAACGAGUGGUGAUCGACAUUUUGCAGAGUUGUAAGAAUGUUUUACUGUAGUAUAUACAGCAUUAUGUUCUAUAUUUGCAAGCUAUUACUUACCAACUACAAAGAAAAAUAUGUCGAGCUUGAGACAAGCAAUUCAGCUGAAGCUCGGAACAAACGUGUCACAAAUACAAGCACCUUCGCCACGCAUGAUUGUGCUCUCAUGACGUCAUCGUGUUUAAAAACUUCCGUUUUUGCCCCACACUGAUCCAAAAUGCAUGCCUCCGUUUUCUACACUAUCCGCUUUCAAAGCCGUUUUCGAAAGGCUCCUUUUUCAUGGAUGAAGAUGAAUCACAUUUCCUAGCCCCUCCCUUUGUACUGUCGCGCCAGCGACGCAUCUAAUACAAUUAAAUUGAUUAUGCACACAGUGGCUUUGCGUUAAUUUAAAUGGAUCUAAACUAAAAGUCAAGAUUGAUACUAUAUUUAUGCAUGGUAUUCUCAUGAACCCAUAAUCCUGCAUAAUUACCAUUACAAUAAAUAGCCUAACAGGGUUUUUUCCUUUGGAAAAAUAUCGAAAUCUUGUCAAACCAUUAACUUUCCUCUCCACUAUGUAAUUGUAUAGAUACCAUUGCAAACGAUUUCCUGCAAAACAAUGCCGUUUAGAAGAACCUCGUAUUUCAUUUGGGAGUUCAUAUUGGCAAUGCUACAAGAAGAGGAAUGCUCUUCGAUCAUAUCGUGGACAAAGGAAUCAGAUUUAGAGUUUGAGAUUAAGGAUAUGGGUGAGCUAGCACAGUAUUGGGGAAUGUUACGUGGAAGACCUGAGAUGGAUAAAAAGUCGUUCUUCAGAGCUUUCAGAUAUUAUUACAAGAUUAAUGUCAUCAAGAAGGUACGUCUGUGGUCAAAAUUUAUAUUUAUGAUGCUAUGCGUUGUUGUGGGUUGGAUGAAUACCACCUGAAAUGAUUAUGUGGCAUUUUUUGUAAUAUUUUCGAUACUUUUUUCAGGUAGACAGGUAGUAUUAGUUCAGGCACAAGCUAGUAGCUUAUUAUAUAAUACCACCUACAUGCACCAAGUCUCAUUUUCUCAGAUACUUUCAGUGAAUAUGGCUUUUUUUGAGCAUGGUAUAUUUCAAAAAUCUUCCACAAACCUUUACCAGAUCGUGCUCGAUAGUAUAUUAACAUUUAUAAAGUUGUGGAAGAGUUGUUUCUAAAGUUGGACUAUUUUAAAUUAGCGAAUUGUUCAAUAUCACUAAAAAUAUUACGAAUUUGAAAGGAAUUUUAAUUGACAAUAGUUUAUAUAGUAUAUAUAUAUAUAUAUAUAUAUAUAUAUAUAUAUAUAUAUAUAUAUAUAUAUAUAUAUAUAUAUAUAUAUAUAUAUAUAUAUAUAUAUACCGGGUGGCGCAAAAAAAAGUAUAACUGUUUAAUUACAUAUAGCUCAAAAACCAUAAGCAGUAGAGCCCAAAAUCGAGUUUUAUUGCAUCCAGCGAUGUCUAACUUAAAUUUUGGUAUAUUCGACAGGCAUUUUCGUCCAAGAUUGACUGAGAUAUGAGUGUUUAAACUUUUGUUAGCAAAUUUGAAACGGUCACAAAUUAGCUAAAAACGGCCCAUUAAACUGAUUUUAUAACCGCAUCACCAUUAAUCAGAUGAUUCAAGAUGCAUUCGAUUCUAUGAUUUCACGGGCAAGACGCUGCAUUCUUGCUCGGGGACAUGCAUUUCCUAACAAAUAGACGUUUAUUUUACACGAUCCGAACAUGGAGUAUUUGACGGUGAAUCUCUUGGUGCAAUAUAUGUCGUUAAUGUUGUAUUAAUAUUUUUAAAAUAUGCUAAUUUUUAGCUAAUUUGUGACCGUUUCAAAAUUGUUAACAAAAUUUUAAACUUUUAUAUCUCAGUUAAUCUUGGACGAAUAUGCCUGUCAAAUAUACCAAAAUUUAAGUUAAAUAUCGCUGGAUGCAAUGAAACUCAAUUUAUGGUUUUACUGCUUAUGGUUUCUGAGUUACAAGUAAUCAAACAGUUGUACUUUUUUUUGCGCCACCCGGUAUAUAUAUAUAUAUAUAUAUAUAUAUAUAUAUAUAUAUAUAUAUAUAUAUAUAUAUAUAUAUAUAUAUAUAUAUAUAUAUAUAUAUAUAUAUAUAUAUAUAUAUAUAUAUAUAUAUAUACACUUUAUGGUAUAUAUUGAACACUGAAUACGGCAGUUAAUAUACUACAAUCAAAUUUCUUAAAGGUGAAAUCCGGUCGAAGACUGUAUAGAUUCAAUAAUUAUCCAUACAAAGCAUCAACCAAAAAUGCUGAUGAGCGCGGAAAAAUCACAAAAAGUAGAAAGAUAGAGAUCUUCUAAACGUUGCUGGAUGCAAUAUUCUUGGUGAUUGGUAAACCUCAAAUGAAGGAUAUCUGCAGUGUUUGUGUAACGUGAAUGCUGAACUAAAACUGACUAUGAUUAUAAGCAAUCAAGAGAUAAGAAAAGAAGCAUAUUUUAUUUGGUGAAAUGAUGAAAUGAAAAUCCUAUACAGACUUGUGUACGUACACCAUCAUAAUAAAAAUCACAAUGUUUCAUUAGACACAAUUAAAAUAGAGAAAAAGGUGAUGUUUUAAUCUCCUAAUUAAAGUUGCGCCCUAAACAACAGAUUUCUCUAGGAAUAUCAAAGAAUAAUUUUCCAUAAAAAAAAUGAAAAUUCGACUUAAUUCUGAACCAAAAUUCAUUGAAAAAUAUUUCUGAAAAGAAAUUUAAGGGUAGGUGUCGUUGAAGAUAUAAACUUAAUUUUGCUUCAGGUAAAACGUCCAAUACUCGUUUCCUGCAUAGCAACUGCAAGAAUCAUUAAUGCAAAUAAUCAAUUAAUAGAAUUUACCAUUACUAUAAUGUAUAUGAUUUUAGACAUCUGAGUAGAUAUAGAAUGUAUAAAUGGAACCUUUAUUUAGAACGGCAUGCAGUUGAAAGGUUUUUGCUAAUUCAUGGAAAUUUCGAGCACAGAUUUUAUUUAUUUUUAUUAUUGACAAAAUUAAUGGAUGCUGAUUGGUUGAGAUGAGUACAAUUAUUUCAUUAAUUGUACUGUAGUACAAUUAAUGAUUUUCUCAAAACAAACAAAAUGGCUGAAAGGUAUUUAAACUCAAAUAAAAAUGCCCUAGAAGGACUUAAAGCAAAAUAAGUAAAUGAAAAUACGAACCAAGGCACCAAAUUUUUGGUUGAAAGUCUGGCAUGACUGGGCUUUGGCAAGAGAAUAUGAUGUUGCAUGAUCGAUAUUGAGAAUUAUACAAUUUUGUUGUGCUAAUAAUAACAAGUAAUCAUGCGAUGUUGCUCGUACAAUUAGGGAUUAAUAGUACGAGUGAUGUUUGGAAACUUUGCCAAAUUGGACACGCCCCGGCGGCUGGUCCAAUUUUGGUAAAAUGUCCAAACAUCACUCGUACUAUUAAUCCCUAAUUGUACUCACCAUCGCAUGAUUACCUAUACUAAUUUCCGAAGGAAUACAUAUUAACAAUAUUUAUAUUUGAAUCAUUUUUGCAAGAAAUUUCCAUCAACAAAUAUACCAUUCAAACUUGCAAUAGAAAUAAUAUAUGCAAUAAUUAAAUUAUUGCCUUCAAUGAAAUGCUGCCAAAAUUUAGAAAUAACAUUUAUUUGCUGUAGAUAAUGCUGAU